CAUAGCUGUGGAAGUGAAGUUUACUGACACAAUUGAGGUGGUGAAGACAAAAGUUAAUGAUGUGAUGAGACUGGGUAAUAUACACCACCAUGAACUAUUUUUCAAUGGCAAACUUUUAGAAGUUGGGCAGACCAUAAGUGACAGUAAUGUUGAAAAUGACGAUUGUCUUCAUUUAGUUCUAUGUGAGAAAGGAACUAUGCGUAUAUAUUUGAAGACCUUAUUGGGCAAGACUAUCUCUUUGCUGGUUGAACCCAGCUCUACUCUUCAUGCUAUUAAAGGCAUAAUUCAAGAUAAAGAAGGGGUUCCAGCAGAGAUGCAAUGUCUGACACGUUCCGAUGGUAGAAAACUAUAUGAUAAAACAACACUCCAAGAAUGUGGUGUUCAAAAAAGUGAUGUGCUGAUAAUGACCUUAAAACCCUGUGAAAGAAGUAUGCUAAUAUUCGUGAAGACUGCCAAUGGUGGGAUUAUACCAUUGAAAACAGUGGCCAGUGAUACAAUUGAAGAUGUGAAGGUUAAACUUCAAAGCAAAUUGGGAAUACCAACUAGUAAACAAUUACUAUUCUUUGGUAGUAAGAAACUUGAUAAUAAGUGGACCCUCAGUUACUAUGACAUCACUAAAAGGUCUACACUAAGACUUCAUCUAGAAGGGCUACAAAUGUCUCCUGAGGAGUGGGCGGAGUUAUUACUUCAUGCAGAUGUUAUACAGCACUGUACAACAGAGGAGUCAAAUGAAUUUAUAAAAGAAGCAAUGAAACAGGGUUUUGUGGUCACAACACUGGUGAAGGUGCUGGUGGUGGGACCUGCUGGUGUUGGUAAAACCUGUCUUCUCUACCUCCUGCUCAGUAAAGACCCACCCGAUCAAAGAACUAGCACUGGCUGUGCUGAGAGAUCAAUCCGAGUCAUACGCAUCGGCAAAGAGUCAGGGGAAUGGAGUGAAAUCCCCACAGAAGAAUUUGAGGAAAUGAUUGCAGAGGCAGUCCCAGUUCUCUAUGAGGAGCUAAAGGCCAAAGGAAAAGGAAUGGAGGAUUUGAAUGAAGUUCUGUCCCAAGUUGUCGGUGAGGAUGAGGAGAAAGAAAGAGGUGCAACUGGACUAGAAACAGAAGUUAAAGAAAAAUGUGUCAUUGCAACUAAACAAGAAAAUGAUGAUGAAUUAGUUAUGUACGAGGAAGGUGCAGCGGGUAAGGGUAAUAAAAGAGAGAAGCAGAGGAGAAAAGAAAUAGCCGGGGAAGGAAAUCAAUGUAUGAAUGAAAGGGGAAACAAGAGUGCUGGUGUUGGUAAAGAAAGAGUCAACAAUAAAUCCACUGUUAAAGUUAAAAGUGUAGUUGUCGAUAAAGGCAUAGUUACCUAUACAGAAAACAAAGUAAGUACAGUUGGCAGUGAUGAAGAAAAGGUUAAUGACGGGAGAAAAGGAGUAACUGUGGAUAAUUUGGAGGGAAAGAAAAACAAGGAAAGGGGUGUUAAGGAAAGAAAACAAGAGGAAAGAAAACCAAACAUUAAACCCACUGUCAGUGAAGAAGAGAUGAUCAAAGUGGUCGGUAGACAGGAUGAGGAGGAUGACGGAGCUAAAAGAGCAGAAGAGGAAGAACACGAAGGUGUAAAAAACAAGGAUGGGGAGAAAGGAAAACAUAAACCUACUGCUAGAAAAGAAAAAGACACAAUUAAUGUAGUUGGAGGAGAGAAUUCACUUGAGAAUACAUAUAAAGUGGAGAAAGACGGUGCAAUUGGCAAGGAUGAUAAAAAGGGGGAAGAACAAGGAGGUGUAGAAUAUAAGGAGAGAAAGGAAACUAUUACUAAGGGAGAAAAAAAGGAUGCAAGUGUUGGUGAUAAGAAAGAGAAGGUAAGACCCUUAAGUGCAGAAGAAACUAUUAGCAAAGUCAUUCAAAAUCUUAGUGCACUAAUUAAAUUUCGUAAAAAGUCUCGUCGUCUUCUGGACACAGAGCUGAUCUAUCUGACUGACUGUGGAGGCCAGCAAGCCUACUGGGAUCUGGUCCCAAUAUUCACACGUGACACCUCAGCCACCCUUUUUGUCCACCGGUUGUGUGAGAAACUUGAUGAACAUCCUCUCAAUGACCUCUACCAGAAAGGGAAGAGGGUCGGUCCCAGCCAGAGAGCCACAUUCACCACAGCUGAGUCCUUCAAGACAAUGCUUCGAGGUCUAAACAAUGGGGACAAACGAUCGAAGAUUAUCGUAGUUGGCACUCACAAAGAUGUUGCUACCCAUUGCAAAGAAACACCUCAAGUAAAGAACAAAAAAUUAGCUGCCAUUGCAUUACCCUAUUUCAAAGAUAAUGUUGUAUACUGCAAUGAGGCCAUGAACGAAAUUGUGUUCCAGCUUAACACCAAGAAUCCUGACAGUAAUGACAAGAAAGAGGCAAGGAAACUCAGACAAUGUAUCAUGAAAGAUGCCAGGCAGCAUGCGAUUCCAAUUUGGUGGUUUAUUUUCCAGUUCAUCAUGGAGGCACUAUCUCUAAAGCUGAAGAGAGAGGUCCUGAGUAAGAAAGAGGUUAUUCAAGUGUCAGACUCACUAGGUUUCACUGAAGGGGAACUUGAUGCUGCCCUCAGUUUCUUUGACAAGUUAAACAUAUUCUUCUACAAGAAGACCAUUCUUCCCGAAGUCGUCUUUACCAAUGUUAGAGUGCCACUGGACAAACUAUCAAAACUCGUAGAAGAGCAGUACCAUCUGAGAGCUGUCAUGGCUGAUCCAACCAAAGCAUCCGACAACGCAAUGACUGGAGAUUGGCAAAAGUUCAGAGAUUAUGGAAUCCUCACUCUGGAUUUCCUCGAGGAGUUCAAGGAACACUAUGUGGAGGGAAUAUUCACAGCUAGGGAUUUUCUCAUCCUGCUUGAAAAACUUAUGGUUAUUUCUAAACUGCCUAAUGACGAAUACUUCUUUCCUGCUAUUUUAAACAUGACCAGUGAAGAUACAAUCAAGGAAUGCCUUGAAUCAUGCAAGAGGACCAAGAUAGCAGCUCUGGUGGUGAAGUUCCCCACUGGCUGGGCUCCUCCUGGUGUCUACUGCUGCAGUGUAUGCCACCUUCAGUCCCACUCUGGCUGGGAGGUAGUAAGCAAACCACCAAUAAAACCACUAUAUGAAGGUAGCUCCUGGUUUUUAUGGUUUAAGAACCUAAUCGACGAAGUAUUUAAUACAAAACGCUAUGCGCAAAACACUGUAUCUCGCAACAGCAUCGAGUUCACCAAAGCUGGUCGACCUGGUUCAGUGACCUUCAUCGAUCACUUUUCAUUUUUUACUGCAUGUGUCAACCUUGGCACAAGUAAAAUAAAACGGGAAGAAUUAGCUAAGCACUGCCGUGGAAUAAAAUUUGAGAUCUUUGCAGCAGUUAAAGCCGCCUUAUUGAACACCCAUCAUGAAAACACUCACCCAACUUUUGCUUUUUUCUGCCCGAAACAAAAAAUAUGUAGCUCGAAAUUACAUGUAGCCAACCUCUCCCCUGAUGGAAAGCUGUGGAUAUGCUCAGUAAACCGCAAAGUCUAUGACAAAGUCACUCCUGACCAGACUCUUUGGCUAAAUGAACCUGGUGUGCUGGUCAGGAACCGUCGCCAGUUUUUAGUAACCAACCGACCCCUGGCCAGCCACUCAUGACCUUGUCAUAUGGUAGGGGAGCUCUGCAACAACACACAUCAGGCACAGAGCAGUCAGCAGUUUCCCAAUCUCUGCCUCUACCCAGAUCUGAGUCGAAUGGAGGCAUAUUAGGCAUUAAUGACCAUUUUAAUGUGGUGUCGCAACUGAAUGAUGUGGCCGACAAGUGGAAGUCAGUGGGAGAAGCUCUAGGACUGCCACCUUCUGUCCUAGACGAGAUCGGGGCUGAUAAUCGACAUGUCUGCAAGCGCUGUCUGUCAGAGAUGGUGAAAGAGUGGCUGAACCAAUCUCAUAAAACAGAGCAUUUCGGAGUCCCUUCAUGGAAGAUGUUGGUGUGGGCAGUGGCCCACCCCAAUGGGGGAAAUAACCAUGCCCUUGCCCAAAAGAUUGCCGCAAUACACACAAUGCCUCCAACUCUACCACUCUACCAGUCUCAAUUUGCUCCUCCACCCCCAACCCAUCUAUGAGCCAGACACUAUGUUAUAUUGACUGUUUUUGUCUCUCAUUUUACCACCGAUUUCUAAUGUAUGAUUUGUGAGCAAAGGGAAACCUUAAAUAUCGCAUA